UUUGGAGAGUUUAAAACUUUUUUCGUUGGAAACGUUGGGUAAAAUGUUUAGAGUCAGCGAUUCAGUCUUACAGAAGAAAAGACUAUUUUUUCAGUUUGUGAAGGUGGGAAGUAACCAUAAACAGAUGUUUGUCUACUUCAAGUAAGAGACGACUUGAAACCUAUGGAAAAUUCAGUUCUGUUUCUGAUUUUCAUUCAGUUAAAACCGGAUUGUCUAAAUGUUGUGCUGGUGAUAUUGGGGCAUUAGAUUGAAAAAGUAAAUGAUUCAGUUUUUAUCUUCUUUUCUACGUGGCUUCGCUCCAGCAAAACAAGGAGGGUAUCGUUUUGGUUGGGAAUCAAUGCGACUAUUCGUCACCAGAGCCCUUCUCGUGGAUCUGGUAACUAGAAGGUUUAGAGACUCUGGGAACGAGAAUGAUGUUGCAGUAAUUUUGUCUCUUACGUCAUCAACUAAUUAGUACAAGCUGGCACCUUGUUAUGAGGUUGUCAUUCUGUGAAAUGACAACAUUUGUUUUAGGAGAUUUCGGUUGGCUUCAAGAGAUAAUGCUGACACGAAAAAUUACGAAGUACAUUUAGUGGAUGGGUUUCACAAAGAAUCAAUGAUAAUGCCUUAAUGUAUCUAAUUUGGCUCGUAUUACACGGUUUGUAGCUAUUAAAUAUUCUGUAACCGCGGAAUUCAAUGAAAACAAUAACUUUUAAUUGCUAAGUAAGCGAGUGGUUGAAUUUACAUUGAUGGCGUGUAAACGAAAUGCACAUAUUCGCUUUUUCGAGCGGCAAAAUGCAUGACUAACUCUGUGUUAUGAAGUGCAGUUGUACUCUAAUUAAAAAGUCACAGGUUCUUCAUAACCGGACCGGGAAAAACAACUACUCGUCUUUUGAAGAGUUGAUUAGUCCUCAAAUAGAUCUUUGGUGUAUUCAAAUUGUAUUUAACAUCUCUGAUCCUGUCAGUCAUCCUCCUCACAAAAGAUGACAUUGUCAUGUUAAGUCAUGUCUCACUUUUUAGCUGCAAUAUUUAAGUGAAUCUUUCGACAGUCGACAGUUGUCCUCGGUGGCAACGACCACUGAGAGCACGGCAGCGUUUGACAUUUAAUGUCCUUCGUUCAGUGGCAAGUUACACCAUAUUUUAGCGUCUUUUGAGUCCAUGAGUCCGCCUUCCUGUUCAGCGAUGGAGUUUCACCAACAUGGAACCGAAAUUUCGUCCCCAAACGAACCGUUCAAGAACCUGUCUUUUACUACGCUAUCGAGUUUGGAAUUUGAAGCACUGAACAGUCUGGAUGAAAGCAUACGAUAUCACGAAACGAACGCUGUAGAUGAGAACAUCCAGUCUAGCAAGGAGCUGGGGAGACAUGACAAGAAAUUAGAGAACAAUGAUGUGAUGUUGCUGGAACCUCCGAACCAAGCUACUGCAACAAGGCAACCAGGAAAACUAAACGCUGGAUUUAUCUUGUUUGAUGGAGCUGAAAUGAAAUAUAUUUCAAAUGACGGAAAAGAUACAGAAACGCUAUCAAAACCGCCGGAACAACCCAACACGGACGGAAGUUUCCGAAGCAAAAGUUCCGAGUGUUCUACAAACAUUUCCGAUCAACCAGCGUAUUUGAAUUUAAGCUCUGAUGACUUAGUGGUGCGGGAGUCCUUCAAUGACAAGAAUUCGCGAAUUUCGCUGACACCCUACAAAAGGCUGCCAACCUAUGUUCAUUUUUCAACACCACAAAAAUUUUACUUGCUCUCUAUUGGUGCAGCUACCGUGUUAGCAGCGAACGCGUUUUACAUGAGUAUUGCGUUUUUCCUUUCAUUCCUCGGAAAGCAAGGUUUGUCAGAAAUAGGAAUUUGUCUUCACAUUCCGUUUCUAGCCUCCAUUUUGUUGACACUGUGCGGUAAGAAACACUGGGUACCAUUCCUCCCGACUGUUCCCAUCUGCCUCGUUUUGAUGGCUGCCUCUGUGGCCGUACUCCCGUCUCUUACGGCAGCUGGGAUUUCGCUGUCAAUCUUUGUUAUAUAUGGUGUAAUAACAAUCAAUGGUCUCUGUGCAGGUCUCAGCCAAUCAUUAGUCAAUCGUAUGGUUGUGUUGUUUCCUGGCGGGAAAAGCAGCUUGCUGGUUCGCUAUGGUGAAGGUCUUGGUUCUUUAUUACCAGCAGUGGUUCAACUAAUACUGUGUCUUUACCUUGGAAUAAACUUCACCGAACCAAAGCUGACUGACUCAACCACUCUUUGUCUUUACGCGUUGUUUGGUGUCGUGUUCCUUGGAAUCAUAACAGGACUGGUAUCAUUCUUAAAGCUACGUAAAAGUGGGAUAUAUGAACUAUUUGCGGCUCGUGACUGCAUUGCUCACAGUCCUAAGAAUAUAACAUUAGGAUCUGUCCCAGAAACAGCUAAAAGACGGUACCACACAGUAAAGUGGUAUUUACUUGUGGAGUUUACGCUCUCAUUUACAAGUUACUUUGUGCUGUCUUUUGCACCGUCUAUUCAUGAAGCGACCUUCGAAAGUCCACAAUCAAACACUGAACCUUUCUGGAGAGUCUAUCUGGCUACAGUUUUGAUCGCAUUUUUCAGAGCUGGUCAUUUUUUUGGAGAAGUUCUAUCUCGUCUCUGCUACAAUGUACAGCUAAAACUCGACAACGACGUUAAGAUGUUCCUAUAUUUAUCAGCGUCAAUUCUUCGCCUUGGUUUUAUCAUCUGUGCCGUGAUUUUCACUCGUUCUCCUUUCUUAGUCUAUAACAAUUUGUUCAUGAUAGGUUUCUUCUUUAUGUUAGCUUUCACAAAUAGUUUUCUGUCCGUUACCAUGGCAUCAAGUUGUCAGUCACUGAUCAGGGUACAGCGAAACGACACAUGCCCCAUAGUGUCGCAGUUACUCUGGAUUGCAGAAGUACUGGGGGCAAAUGUUGGUAUUGCCUUAUCAUUCGUACAACUGACAAUUUAGAGUUAACAGAGCCCAUAAUAGUCAGAUUUGAGACUCGUACUGAUGAUGACGCAGAAUAAAGAUCCAUGGGACCUGCCUGUGUAACUCAUUGAUUGAGGACUUCAAACGAAAGUUACAACCAGAUCGUGACAAUGCUUAAGUUUCUAUGCUGCGCCUUAAACAGGCUUAAAGACACUUUUCCUCUGCUUUAGGUGAAAAAGCAUAAAUGAGCUGACCUCAGCAAAAUAAUGACAUAAGAAAUAACAGACAUAAUAUACUUAAGUCUUUUAUUGCUAGAAAUUAGAAAAAAUGUUUAUGUACAGGCUUUAACGUAUAAUGGAAAAUAAAAGUCUCACGAAACUUUUAA